UGCCUACAGACUAGUUCACUGUAAGAGUGGCACAAAGAGAGAGAUAGAGAGGGAGAGAGAUGCAAUCUAUGUGGGUGUCUUUGAAGGAGAAUGUGAACUGUGUAAGCAAGCGAAGUAAUGUGAUUCAUAGGCCGGUUGGAAAUGAUAAUGGCAAGAAAAAGAGCUGCAGCUGCAAACCAGAGAAGGAAAAGAUGGAGAGUAGUCAUGAGGUUGUUCGUCAAAUGGGAAAGCCAGUAUUCUGCAAAGUGCUUUUCAGGCCAAACUAUCCAAGAACACAGUUCUAUGAGCUUGGAGUUGAGGAUCCAGCAAGAAACAUUGUCCAAAUGAUCUUCCAAAGAUCGUCAAUUGAUCCCUCGAAGCCACCAGGGAAGAUCGAACACGUCCUACGAGUUAAAAAUUCAAUAGACGUGGUUGAAAGAUUCGAAAAACACCGGGAAAAAGUGAUGAAGAAAGCCAAUGAAGAACCAAAGAGACAUCCAAGAAGCGCGGUUGAUGGGAACGAGAUGUUGCUCUUCUAUGGCACAACAAUCGCUUGCUGCCACCAAAGAGUACCAAAAAUGAAAGUCUGGGACCCCUGCAGGAAUCCCGAUUGCCGGCUCUGCAGGACAAUUCAGUCAAAAUUCGACAUGGAAAGUGCUAGGAAGAAUGGGAUUAUAUUGAACAGAAGCAGCCAGGAGAUGAGUGAGUACAAUGUGGGUGGGUUGAAGAAAGCGAAGAAGAAGAAGAUGAUGAGAAGAGCAGUCGUGGUUUGCAGGACAAUUGCUGGAAGGGUAUUGGGUGACACAGUUGAUGGAAAGUAUGGAAUAUCAGACUGGGAUUCACUAGGAUUUCAAGGGCUUGAUUCAAACAAAAAAUGCUUGAUUGUCAGAAAUCCAUGUGCUGUUCUUCCUUGCUUUAUUGUAGUUUUCACCUAACAUGUUUGUAUACAUUCGCGCAUAUAUAUAUAUAUAUAUUUAUUCUGUAAUUUACUGUAGAAAAU